CACUCUCCGGGAUAAUAACACUGCCGUGGCCUUUUAAACGCGACAUACUCUACUUACGUUCGCCGUAUACGUCGAAUUGUUGCUCUUUUUUUCCUCUAACCUUGAUCUGAAGACUUGUUUCUGUCGGGAAUACUUGCGUUUUGAGACACGAGGAGUGGGAUUUGAUGCGUGUUUUGGGCACGGAGUGCGCGGCUUCACGGUCGUGACUCUGCUGGAGCGGGCGCGGCGGAGUUGGCGCACUGCUGGGCUGGAUAUCACCUCAACCUUUACUCCCUCCUCGUAACCGUGUUUACCCCUCCACGGCUCACACCAGGACCAGGGAUCGCUUUUUACACCGGCUUUUUACGCACGAAUAUGUUGCUGUCAAAGUUUGGUUCAUUUUCCCACAUUUGCAACCCCUCAACCAUGGAUUUACCAGUGAAACUGCAGCUCCAGCCGGUCAAAUCUGAGAAGGAGCCGUUUGAGAAGGUGUACCAGGUGGGCUCCGUGCUGGGCAGCGGGGGCUUCGGGACGGUGUAUGCGGGCAGCAGGCUCUCCGACGCGGCGCCGGUUGCCGUGAAACACGUCGCAAAGGAGAGAGUGACGGAGUGGGGCACAAUUAAUGGCGCCGUGGUGCCGCUGGAGAUCCUGCUGCUGAAGAAGGUCAGCUCGUCUUUCCGCGGAGUCAUCAAGCUGCUGGACUACUACGAGCGGCAGGACGGCUGGCUCAUCGUCAUGGAGAGGCCGGAGCUGGUCAAGGACCUGUUCGACUUCAUCACGGAGAAAGGAGCCCUGGACGAGGACACGGCCCGGGGCUUUUUCCGCCAGGUUCUGGAGGCGGUGCGCCACUGCUACGGCUGCGGCGUGGUGCACAGAGACAUCAAGGACGAGAACCUGCUGGUGGACCUGCGCUCCGGGGAGCUCAAGCUCAUCGACUUCGGCUCGGGGGCCAUUCUCAAGGACACGGUCUACACCGAUUUCGACGGUACAAGAGUCUACAGCCCACCUGAGUGGAUCCGCUUCCAUAGAUACCACGGUCGCUCGGCGACCGUGUGGUCGCUAGGCGUGCUGCUGUACGACAUGGUGUGUGGAGACAUCCCCUUUGAGCAGGAUGAGGAGAUCCUCAGAGGAAGACUGUAUUUCAGGAGGAGGAUCUCAGCUGAGUGCCAGCAGCUGAUCAAAUGGUGCCUGGCCCUGCGGCCGUCAGACCGACCCACUCUCGAGCAGAUCUGCGACCACCCCUGGAUGAGAGUGACGGCUGAAUCCCCCAAAUCGCCAGAGGAGCCUGUGGCCGGAGAGAUCCGCCUCAGGACCAUCGAUACAGACUCUUCGUCAAGCACAAGCUCGAGCAAGGAGAGCCUCUGAGCCUGGCUCUGAUGGACUGAAAAGACUUUCUGAGGAAAGAAGGGCGUGAUAUGGACUAAAGGCCUGCAGCUGCUUGACAAAGCUGGCCCUGCAAGAAAAAGAUACUUUUAAGUUUUCCUCUUUUGUAGGGAAUUUCUAAUUUAUUACUGUUUGUUCUUCUUUAUCUUGUUUUUUUUUUUUUUUCCCAUCCCCUCUUUUUUUUUUUUCAUUUCAGUUGAUUAUAUUUGUUUCCUGAUGGGGAACAUUUUGCUGUUUGGGCGGUCUUACCAGCACUAUUUAUUUCCCCUCCCCUUUAAAGUUUAUUAUACUUUUGUUACAUGGCUGGUAUAAAACAGCUGGCAAGGCCCUCCUAUUCAGACAUAGCCGCUCUCAUAGAGCUUGUAGAAAACUUUUUAUUUAAAUGUUUUAAUUUUGAUUUUGGAGUGCCUUUUUUUGGAAAGCUGCUUUUCUGGGGGCUUUCGUCAAUGACUCUGUUUUUGGGGGUUUGCUCGCAGUGGUGGUGGUUAAGUUGUCUGUGCUGUGAUGGAAGGGGUUUCAAGGCUUCUUUUUUUUUUGUUUUUUUAUAUCCAUUUUCCUCCCCCUCUCUCCAUCACUGUAAGCCAACCAUCCCCCUGCAGAGAGGCUAAGUUAGAUGUAGAUAGGAGGGAAGGAGGUGGGGGCUCUUCCUUUAUAACGGAAUACUUGAAACUCACUCGACUCAACUCUGCGUCGCUCUCUUCAACGCUGCUCAUUCACUCUAUAGCCUGAACAGGUGUUUGGAAACUGGAUCCUGUCUUUUUCUGAAUGUCUACAACUUGUCAACACACAAACACGCAUACACUCAUCUUUUUCUUACUCUCAUGUGUUGUUGUCACAGGGUCUUUGGCCUUCUUGACUUGUCUUUUUUGCCUCCCACCACAACACUGCUUGACACUACAUGGCCCCCACCCCUGGCCUCCCUCAGGGUUUGGGGUGUGAAAUGCACAAUCAAUGCAAUAUUCAUAGAUUCAAUUGUGUUUUUUCUCCCUUUCCCUUUUUUUUUUAACAAAUAUUGUACAGUGUGUACUUUUUUUUUUUCCAUUUUGUGUGUACUUUUUUUUUUUUUUUUCCCUCUCCAUUUGCAUUUAAUUUAUUCGUAAACAUGUAGACAUUCCACACUCUGUGGCUAUUUAUUUAUUUAUUGUCUAUGCUUAAAAUCACCCCUAAAAUUUGCAUAUCCUUCUUGGCCUUUGGUUUGCAUUCCUAUAACUUAUUUUUACAUUUCAACUUUUUUUUUUUUUUUUUUUUUUGAGAUGUGGAGGAUGCACUGAAGCAGUUGUCGAUGUAAAACAGAAUAAACCGUUUACUUAAAUUUGAAAAGAGCAUUUGAAUGUUAUUUAACUUCUUUUAAAAAAGUCUGUCGGUAAUGUUGAAUGACUUAAGUUUCAAAGUUCAAAGUAAUCCAUCUGAUUUUUAUUUUUUUUUUGUAUUUGUUGAGCUGAAUUUGAGUUCUAUGGAAAACUAAACAGUAGGUGGGACAGUUUUGACAGUUGUCACGGAGCCUCAUAUCACAGACCUUUCAGUUUAGUGCUGUAACUUGUGGCUGAAGGAUGAAUAUUGCUAUUUUUUGAUACAAAAGUUUCAAUUAAACACCCAUUUUUUUA